GGCGGGGACAGCAUGGGGCCGGGAGAGCCAGUGCAGAAGAUCAGUAUUAGCGCCGAGAGCCAGCGGGGAGGCGAGAGAAACGGCUCCGGCGCCAGCCUGACAGGCCCUGAGAGAGACCCACCCGGCAGCUGGAGGCAGAAGUGUGCGGCCUAUGUGCUGGCGCUCAGGCCUUGGAGUUUCAGUGCUUCUCUCACCCCCGUGGCCCUCGGCAGCGCUCUGGCGUACCGGGCCGAGGGGUCGCUAGAUCCAGGCCUCUUGGUGGGAAGCGCUGUGGCUGUCCUGGCUGUGCACGGAGCCGGCAACUUGGUGAAUACCUAUUACGACUUCUCCAAAGGCAUCGAUCACAAGAAGAGUGAUGACAGGACUUUGGUGGACCAGAUUUUGCAGCCUCAGGAUGUAGUCCGGUUUGGAGUCUUCCUUUAUACCGUGGGCUGUAUCUGUGCUGCUGGGCUUUAUGCUGUCUCAACGCUCAAGCUGGAGCACCUGGCUCUGAUUUACUUUGGAGGACUUUCCAGCUCUUUCCUUUAUACUGGAGGAAUUGGAUUUAAAUAUGUUGCACUUGGAGACGUGGUGAUCCUGAUCACCUUCGGGCCCCUGGCUGUCAUGUUUGCGCAUGCUGUGCAGGUUGGGUAUCUGUCUGUCUCGCCGCUGCUCUACGCCAUCCCUCUAGCACUCAGCACUGAGGCCAUCCUGCACAGCAACAACACGCGGGACAUGGAGUCUGACCGGCAGGCAGGCAUUGUCACCUUGGCCAUCCUCAUCGGCCCUGCGCUCUCCUAUGUCCUCUACACCUUGCUGCUCUUCUUGCCCUACUUGAUUUUCUGUGUGCUGGCCACACGCUACACCAUCAGCAUGGCAUUGCCACUGCUCACCAUCCCGAUGGCGUUUUCACUGGAGAGGCAGUUUCGGAGUCAGAGCUUCAACAAAAUUCCCCAGAGGACAGCCAAACUCAAUCUCCUCUUGGGGCUUUUCUAUGUUUUUGGCAUCAUGCUGGCACCAGCUGGUGCUCUGCCCAAGCUGUAACAAGAGUUGUAGAGUCAGGCCUCACCAUUCAGUAUUAGCAGUGGAUUAUGUGGGUAGAUCAUCUAUAUGGACAGUGGGAAGAAUGAAGAUACCAUCCUGCGCUGUGGAAGCUAUAAUUCUGGGCUUGGUUAGCUUGCACAACAGACU